AGCGUGUCAUCUCCUUCCUGUGCAGCAGGUGGCGCUGCGAGCGUCCGCCAAUGGCCGAAGAAGAAGAAGAGGCGCGCUCAAGCUCUAUUUUUUGAAUCUCCUCGGGAAAGAGCUGCUCGCUGCCGGUGCCAUGGCUCAAGGCGAUAAAUUCCAGUACCUGGAGGAGACGGGGGAGGUGUUGGUGGCCUACAUCAACAGCAGCCAGCUGGAGAAACUGAGACUGGUGAAACAUGAACAUCAGGCUCUUUUUGACCAUCGCAUAGAAACUAAAAAGAUUGUGACACAGAUUUUGAAAGAUGUUGCUGAGAUUGAGGAGAGGGAGGGCCAGGCAUUGAUGGACAUGGAGGAGGAGAAGACGCGACAGGAGAGGGAGCUAGAGAGCCUGGGGGUGCAGCUAAGGCAGGCCACGGCCAAGAGCCAGAUGACCGACUCAGAAUUACAAUUUCUGCAGAGAGAGUUGGAGAGUCUAAGAAACACUGAGCACGAGCUUGAGACUCUUCAGACCGAGGUGGAGGAAGACACGACUGAGGUCAUCCCUUCAGCAAUAUUUGUGGCUCAGUUGUAUUACCUCAUCACCAAGAUCAAGUGGGAAUAUGACACACAGCCCAACAUCCUAAAAGGAGUGCACUACGGUGCCGAUCUGGCGACCCCCAUCAACACCGACACCUCCACGCGAUCUCGGAGCGACGUAAGCGAUCAGCUGUGGGGCUUCGUCAGCACCGAGUGGUAGCCCAUGGAUUGGCCCCUUUCAGAAACAAUGUUGUGCGUCGUUUUGCUUUGUCUGUAAAUUUCUUUGUUUUCUUUCCGUUCAAUAAAACACAUAUACUGUUUUAAAAAAAAGUAAA